AUGGAUCAAGAAGUGGAGAAAUCCUUGACUCUGGCAGAGAGUUUAGACGUGUCUAACUCAAACCGUUCGAACCACAUAACUCGUGUAGGGAAUCUGCUGUUUCGCCAAAUGCUUGUGGGAAUUAAAGAUGGACGCUUUUUCUUGGGCACCUUCCACUGCAUAGACAAGCAAGGAAACAUCAUUCUCCAAGAUGCUGUGGAGUAUCGUAGUACCCAACGGUCCUCUCCUUCUCCCAUGGAACAGAGAUGCCUGGGUCUCAUUCUCAUCCCCUCCUCUUGUCGUUCUUCAUGUCAUGUGGAUAGUUCUAUUGAAGAGCAAUUGUCACUGCUAAAGGUUUAG